UGGUGCUCUAACCAAACGAAUUGGUAAUAUGGUACGUAAGGAACCCAGCGAGCUUCCCAGGGCUAGGUUUCCAACCCCCGGCCCAAUGGCGUUGCAAACAUUGGUUUCUUUGCCUCCAAAUCGUCGUUUUCUCCUCAUUUGAGAGAUCCUAUGAUCUAGCCCUUGCGGGGGCACUGGGACGUUGUGUGACCGCUUUUAAUCCCGGUAUGAUGCUCGGACAUAACUAUUCGCCAUUGGCUGAAAUCAUGGCAGCAAGCAGGCAAAAGUAUUGUUGUCGAGACUCGAGGAUGAGCAGGCCUUUGCAGUUCACAAGGCCAGUGACACGCUUCAAACUGAAGGAAACCUGUGCAGAUUGGUCAGAAUCAAGUCAUGCAUUCCUUUGUGUUGUUAGAGUCACAAAUGAUGUUGGGAGGUGGUAUUCUGUCGAAUCCCGCCUUUUGCCGAUAUCGUACCAUUCAUCGCCAUGCACAGCUUGCCAUUGGCGGAUUGGACAAUGUCAGUUUGGUGCCUUCUUUGGCAAGUUACACACGUCUACGCUGGGCCACACCGACUCCCCUGUGUGCGGAGCUGAACCGUCAUAUGACCAGACAGGCGCCUCCACGCUGCUACUUAGUACUAUUCAUUAUUUCCCCACGAUUUGGGGGCUUCCCCGGCCACUAAUGUCAGCAGGAGCGCCACUAUCCCAAGUUGAUGGCCUGCCACCUCGCCCUUGAGAGUUUUUCCAAAACCCCCCAUGCUAUUUCGGAUAUAGUUGGUCAUCAUUCACACGAUUGUUUGCUGCUCAAAGGUGUUAUCAAACACACACUGGAGAACUUCCUUUUUGGGGAUUUCCCCCUCCUUUCGCCUGACACUUACAUUUAUGUACAUACCAGGCUUCAAUAAACACUUCAACAUGUUUCAAAGGGGGUUCGUCGGUUCGUCGGUUAUUUCCCAGUAUGCGAGGGAUUUUUCAUCAGGUGGUCGGCGGACUCAGAGGCAAACAAGCCUCUGGUUAGUUGUCUUG